AUAAGCUUGGAUGUUAUGUAUGGCUCUGUCAGAUUACAUCAGUCUUCGACUGAUGCUAAUAGUGGCCCCAGUCAAGCACCACCUUUUCCUGGUGUACCACCUUCAGGAAUCCCCCCGCCCUUUAUGGGGCCACCAGGAAUCCCGCCUCACUUCCCUCCAAUGGGAAUGCCACCCAUGGGCCAGAGGCCGCCCAGCAUGGCCCCCAUGCCCCCGGGAAUAAUGCCCCCCAUGAUCCCCCCGAUGGGAGCUCCACCCAUAGGACAGAUGCCAGCCAUGAUGCCACCAAUGAUGCCAGGAAUGAUGAUGCCCCCCCGUAUGCCAACUGCAUCAAUCCAGCCUACAGGACCGCCUGGUGUGAGUCCAGUGGAGUCUGCAGCACCGGCUGCUCCUGGAACAACCAGCACCACAUCAACUGAGUCUUCGCCUGAUGAACAGUCGAAAAAGAAGUCAGUAUGGACCGAGCACAAAUCCCUGGAUGGAAAAACAUAUUACUACAACACCGAUACCAAACAGUCCACCUGGGAGAAACCAGAUGAACUCAAAUCACCUGCAGAGCAAAUGUUGUCCAAAUGCCCGUGGAAAGAGUACAAGUCAGACACCGGCAAGCCCUAUUACUACAACUCACAGACCAAAGAGUCUCGCUGGACUAAACCCAAAGAACUGGAGGACCUGGAGGCGAUGAUAAAGGCGGAGGAAAACGGGACGGUUGAUGUUGUGGCUCCUGGCACCUCCCCUGCUCUUACAUCUCAAAGCGAGUCCUCUGUUACCGUGGCAGAAGUUGCUGAGACAGAGGCUACCAUGGCGACAGUCGCCACAGAGGAACAGCCAUCUCACGUGCCUGCACCGGUUGCUGAGGUCAGCAGUGAUGUCACCGUUAACUCCACUGAGGAAACGCCGAGCGUAGAGACACAACCCAGUAAUGAUGUUUCUAAGGAGGAGAGACCUGAGCUGGUGAAGAAAGUUUACAAGUGGAACACAAAAGAGGAGGCAAAGCAGGCAUUUAAAGAACUGCUGAAAGAAAAGGGCGUUUCCUCCAAUGCAUCAUGGGAGCAGGCAAUGAAGCUGAUAAUUAAUGACCCUCGUUACAGUGCUCUGCCUAAGCUAAGUGAAAAGAAACAGGCGUUCAAUGCUUAUAAAGUCCAGACAGAGAAAGAGGAAAAGGAAGAAGCCCGAAUCAAAUACAAGGAGUCUAAAGAGACUUUCCAGCGCUUCCUGGAAAACCAUGAGAAGAUGACCUCAACCACACGAUACAAGAAAGCGGAGCAGAUGUUUGGCGAUCAGGAGGUGUGGUCAUGUGUUCCCGAGAGAGACAGGCAGGAGAUCUAUGAAGAUGUGCUGUUUUAUUUAGCAAAGAAAGAGAAGGAACAAGCCAAGCAGCUGCGGAAGAGGAACUGGGAAGCUCUGAAGAACAUUUUGGACAAUAUGGCCAAUGUGACAUACAGAACUACGUGGUCUGAGGCACAGCAGUACCUACUGGAUAACCCCACCUUUGCUGAAGAUGAGGAGCUACAGAACAUGGACAAAGAAGAUGCUCUGAUCUGUUUCGAGGAACACAUCCGUGCUCUUGAGAAAGAGGAGGAGGAAGAGAAACAGAAAACUCUGCUGCGAGAGAGACGCAGACAGCGCAAGAACAGAGAGUCUUUCCAGGUGACACACACGUGUGACUCUGUCCUGGUUUGUCCCCUACAUCACGUCCAGCUUUCUAAUAGGGCUGCACGAUAUAUCGUUUCAGCAUCGAUAUCGAGAUGUGCGCAUCCACGAUACUCCCGAGUGCUUUGGAAAGAAGGAGAAAGCGGCGCGACUGCAGACUGACUGUUCAAGUUUUACGUGGAGGAUCUGAAAGCUCGUUAUCAUGAUGAGAAGAGAAUCAUUAAAGACAUCCUGAAGGAUAAGGGCUUACUGGUGGAGGUCAACACAGGCUUUGAGGAGUUUGGCUCAGUGAUCAGUUCAGAUAAACGUGCCACCACGCUGGAUGCAGGAAACAUCAAACUGGCCUUCAACAGUUUGCUGGAGAAGGCUGAAGCACGUGAGAGGGAGAGAGAGAAGGAGGAGGCCAGGAAGAUGAAGAGGAAGGAGGCGGCGUUUAAGAGCAUGCUGAAACAGGCCACACCCCCUCUAGAGCCUGAGGCCACAUGGGAGGGAGUGCGAGAGCGGUUCCUAAAAGAGCCUGCGUUUGAGGACAUCACGCUGGAGUCCGAGAGGAAGAGGAUAUUCAAAGACUUCAUGCACGUGCUAGAGCACGAGUGUCAACAUCAUCAUUCAAAGACUAAGAAACAUGCCAAGAAAUCCAAGAAACACCACAGAAAACGUUCCCGAUCUCGAUCAGGCUCGGAGUCAGAGGAUGAUGAGUAUCACUCGAAGAAGAAGAAACUCUCUGCAUCUAAAUCUCCAUCCGAGCACUCGUCCUCUGGGGAGUCUGAGAGGAGUUACAAGAAAUCUAAAAAACACAAGAAGAAGGGAAAGAAAAGACGACACAAAUCGGCCUCCCCUGAGUCUGAAGGAGAGAAAGAGCGGAAAGGAAGAGAGAAAGAGAAGGAUAAAGAGAACGACAAAUCCAGAGGGAAGUCACGUGGAGAACCCAAACAGAAGUCCCCCAAAAGAAAGAGUACAAAAGAAGAGGGUGGAUGGGAUACGUCCGGAAGCGAACUGAGUGAAGGAGAGCUGGAAAAGAGGAGGCGCACUCUUCUGGAGCAGCUUGAUGCACCAUAAAUCACUCACUGUCAGUAUGUCUCUCUCUCACUUGCAUUCCUGUAAUGUGUUUUGCAUCCUUUUGCAAUGUCCUGACAGAAUAUCGAUGAGCAUCUGAGCGUUGGGUAUUUGCCUGUGGAUCCAUUGACUGUCAUGUAGUCUCUCUGAGAGGCAGUAUUGUCUGAACAUCAGCACUCUUGAUCUGGGCUUGUUUGAUUUUGUAAGAUUAUUUGCAGAGGUUGCAAGUGAUAUGUUGCCUUUAACUGCAGAACCU